AUAAAAGACGAAUCCAGUAUGCACUGAGGUGAACAAAUUUAAAAACAGAUAAUACUCAUAUCCAUUUUGAAACAGGAGGAGAACAGAACCAUGACCAAUCUGCAGCCUUUCGAUAAGAUGCCCUUCCUAAACACAGCCGUGGUGCUGCUGGUUGGACAAGAGGAAAAAUGUGUGAAAAAAAUUGUUGAUGCAAUGUUAAAGGCACCUAAAAAUUUUGAAGUUCAGAUACACGUGGCACCUCGUCUUCCACUGCCAAAAGAGAAUGAGCAUCUCCGUCCACGCAUUGAUAUGGUGGUAUUCAUAAUCAACUUUUUCAGCCAGCCCACUCUAUCGGAGUUACUCAGCUCACUUUCUAAAUUGGACAGCCAUUUCUUUCUGGGUAAAGUGUGUUUUUUAGAAGUAAGAGGAGGGCAUGUUAACCAAUAUGGGCCAAAAAAAAUAACAGUGCAGAAAAUGGCAGAGACAUACCAGAGCCCCCUGCUCUUCCUCAGUCCAGACUGUGAAGAGGAUGUGGCCUGUGUUGCACAUAGAUUAUUGCACAUGCUGCAAAUCUGUGCUGGGCUUGUAUCUGGUGUCUCAGCUCUUGACAUGGUGUCAGUCGUUAAAAGCCCUGUCUUUUAACUUUAAAUGUGUGUACAUUAAAUAUACUGCA